AUGUCCAAGACGUACACAACCGCCGACGUGGCGCAGCACAAGGACGAGUCCAAUGGCUACUGGCUCAUUGUUGAGAACGAUGUCUACGACGUCUCAAAAUUCCUCGAGGAGCACCCUGGAGGCGCCAAGAUCCUCAAGCGCUUCGCUGGAAAGAACGCAACCAAAUCCUUCUGGAAGUACCACAACGAGAGCGUCUUGAAGAAGUAUGGCGCGAAACUGAAGAUUGGCCAGGUGGGCGAGAGCGCCAAGUUGUGA